UUGCAGGAUGAAGAGUUCGUUGAAGGUCAGACCAAUUCAAGUAACUCAUUUGAGGUGCCGCUCUUUGAUCCUGAACGUGAUAUCAGCAAAUGGAGUGUUACCAUCCCGCUGAUCGAACCGCGCCGCGAUCCUGUCAGCGGACACACAAUGUAUGUGUAUAUAAUAUCAGUCGAGCGAUUCGAUGUGAAAGAAAACAAUGGACAGCAACGUUGCGGCAGCACCACACAGACCAAAUGGACGGUAGCUCGCCGCUACAACGAAUUUUAUGUUCUGGAAUCGAAAUUGCUGUUAUUCCAUGGAAAUACAAUUAAAACACAGUCAUUGCCACCGCGUCGAACUUCGAAUACCAAAAGUCGAGCGUACGUCGAAUCGCAGCGUGAACACUUCGAACGUUUCAUCCAGCAACUUGCAAAACAGAUAGCACUGAAACGAUCCGAUAUGUUAUUUGCAUUUUUGACAAGCGAACAAGAGCUGAAGGACUCGACGCAAAUCUCGGAUCUUUAUCCAUGGAAUGUAAGUCAGCUGGAAAUACAGUAG